CCCCAGUAGACGGUUAACUACACUGUAUCAUAUGCCCUGCAAAGGGUCGCCACAAAUUGAGGGGCGUGUCCCUUGAGAAGCUCGCCAACUGGCCAAGGUCGUUCAUAGUUUUUGUAGCUAUAAGCAGCUCCAACGACCCAACAUCCCCCCUCAUUUUCCAUCGCGGCGGGUGCUGUUGCUGGGCACAGUUCCCUACGCACCACACACACACGAUUUCCUCUGUCCAUUUCGCUGCCUUUGCAACCAUGACGGAAACGAAAUAAAAACGACGCUUUCACAGCGCUCAGCACCAAAACACAUCUCUUCUGCACUGUAGCUGCUCUGCUGCAGGCGAAACGCACCAGCGUAGCUCCGCUCCCUUUCUGCGAAUCGGCCCCACACGUGGCCCUCUCCUUUGCGACCCCCAAGGCGGCCGGCGACGACGGGAAAAAAACGCGUGACAGUGGAACUAACGUGCAUGUGUGCGCCUGGGCUUUCUUGCAUUGACAGGUUUUGUGACGUAUUUCGUUAAGCAGCGAGCUAUACAUACCAACCAAUUGCUUCCAACCUGCCCAAAAUGGCCGCCCGAUCUACUUGCCAGUCUGCGCUUCGACGUAAAUGUGCUGCUCCUCGCCAAUGCGUCCUCCGUCCUCGACAAUUCCACUCCUACGAUCACCCUCAGUCUGCCAGAGCAAACAACGUCGAGGAGGCCAUCCUCUCCGCUGCGUAUAAGCACGUCCCAGAGCAUGGCUUCUCGCAGCAAUCCCUCGGUAUGGGUGCCCGGGAUGCCGGCUACCUCGACAUCAGCGCCAGCGUAAUGCCCAAUGGCGCCUUCAGCCUGAUCAACCAUCACCUCGUUCGCCAGCGCAAGGAGCUGGCUGCCCGUAGCGAGCAACUAUUCAGCCAGGAAUCAGCGCCGACUUCGACAGAUGCCAAAGUAGAGAUGCUGGCAUGGGAGCGUCUUGUCGGCAACACUCAGAUUAUUAAUCAGUGGCAAGAGGCAUUGGCCAUCAUGGCGCAGCCGACAAAUCUGCCUCAUUCAUUAAAGGAGCUCGCGCAGCUCUCUGACGACAUUUUAUUCUUGGCGGGAGACAAGGCUGUCGACUACACUUGGUACACAAAACGUACGGCGCUCUCCGUCCUCUACAGCACAACCGAGCUCUUCAUGACAAACGACAAAUCGCCCGAGUUUAUCGAAACAAAGCAGUUCCUCGCACGCAGAAUUAAGGAGAGUAACUCCAUCGGUGGAGCUGUCGGCUCUGCUUCCCAAUGGGUCGGCUUCACACUCAGCGCUGGUGUCAAUGUUCUUCGAAGCAAAGGCGUCCGCAUAUAAACGACAUCCAAUCAGAUCAAGACGAAAAGUUUGCUUCGUGAGAGGCAUGUGUAAUAAUAGACAGCAUAUUUGACAUCAAAUAGUAGCUGGAAACCUGUGUACAAUAUCUGGAGUAGAUCCCAGUUUUUAAAAAAAAACACCCAAUAGAUUCAAUUCGUUAAUGUUAACCUGUGCCAUGUAACCAUUUUCUUUGCCAGCGCCACUAUUCUUUCUGUCCUUGUUUAUAUAUUAUAUCAACGUCCGUUGACGAGGGUCGGUCAAUCUGAGUUUAAUUAGUUCCCUACUUCCAUGGCGGAGCAGUAAUCACAACUUACCGAAUAACCUUGACAUCUUUAUCAACCUUAGCACGGCCUUCAAUGGCAUUAGGCGUGAUGAGAAUAUAUUGUCGUGAAACUGAACGACGUGCAGUGUCCACAAGCAUGUCUGUGCUAAUGGCUCGGUUGACAUUGUCCAUGAAAACGUCGAACUCGUCAAGACAUCUGAUUGGCGAGCCAAUGGCUUCCCACACUGAAAGCAGCAUACAGAUGGACGAAAAUGACUUUUCACCUCCAGACAAUGUCUUGGUAUCCCGUCCAACAUUACUCUUCCGCGUUUCGUCAGGCUCAAUUUGAAGUAGAACUUGCUUUUGUCGAUGGUCGAAGUUGAUCUUGCCACGGAAGCCACGCUCGCUGAGCAAGUAGUUGAACUGGAUCCGAAUUCGUGCACUGAUUUGCUUUUGGAAUUCUCUCCAGCGGUGUAGGCGGUAGGAAAUUGCCUUCUUCAGCGCCAUGAUUGUCUCAUCGACAUCUUUGGUUUCCUGGACCACCUCUUCAUACUUGACACGCGCCUGUUCCGCACGCUGGAAGAUCUGUUCGUCUGUGGCUCCGAUUCGCCUCUCUCUCUGCUUGAGCUGUUCAUUGAUCCGUGAAUACUUCUGCUCGAUACUUUCGUAUGUCUCGCUCUCGGGAAUAUGAACACGGUCAGGAGCAACCUCAGUGGCUUGUUCCGUGAACUCUUCCACUUCCUGAACCUUUUGAUCUCGUUUUGCCUCUGCUCGGCGUCGUUCUGAUCGUUCAAUGUCCAACCCUUCAAACGCAGCAUUCUUAUUCGAGACAGCAAUUUGCCGUAGAGUCUCGCAGUUGUUUACUUUGAGAUUUGCCUUAGAAACUCUCUCCUCAAACGCCUCGUCAUCUGCCCGGCAUGCUUCAAGAACCUUUUUAGCAUUCUCCACCUUCGUGUUCAAAUCAGUUUUCGCUAGUGUCAGAUCACCAUAUUGGCUUCCAAGCUGGUCCUCCUCCACGCGUUUGUUUUCAAGAUCAGAUCGGAGCAGCACAAGUCUGUCAUCGGCGCCUUCAAAAGCGUCAAGCUCUUCCGCAGCACGCUCCAUGUCUGCCUGAGCGUGGCGAAGCUUCACAGUCAGCUUCUUGUUCUCAUCGCCAUGUGUCUCAAGCUGACGCUUGCAUUUCUCGAGAUUUUGUUUCGCAAGUCGUUCUGUUUUUGUGAGGUCCAACAUUUCCCGUCCGAGCUGAUUUAGAUUUUCUUUCUGAAUGCUCAGCUGCUGGCCGGAGUCGGACUGCAUUCGGGGGCGCUGCAUUGUUGGUACGACUGGUGCCGUGCUUGUCGUACCAUUUCUGUUGGUGAUGCGCAGACCUUGGCCGCGUUUGCUCUUACCGUCAUGAAAGCAAAGGCAGGCCGUAACAUUUCGAGGAGGUCCAGCAUUAUCAAUCAUAAUUCCUUCCGCCUCGACACGAUCACUAACCAAGAUAAUCUUCUCAAUUUGGCUGUUUAUGAUCAGCUGAGACCUGACUAUUUCAUCAUCAAACUGGAGGACUCGAAGCACAGUCUGAAAGCUCGAGUCUGGCUCCUGACUACUGGUAUCAAGACUCCCACCAUAGGCGAUAUUAAUAGGAGGUGGCUUUUUCAUACCAAUCCUUCUGAUUAAGCCCGAUAAUGCUGUCUGGUCCUUCUUGCUUCUAACCACAAAGGCGUUCAAUGUCUCACCAAAUGUCUUUUCUAAUAUUCCAGACCAGUCUGGUUCAAGAAGCCGGAUGUGGGCACCAAUAGGUCCGAUGGGUUGGUGUUCAAAGUCUUUGCUUUUACCGACAGCUUUCACAAGCUCAAGCAUGUCCUUGUCGUAGCCAUCAUGAGCAGAUCCAGUGCUUUGUUCCAUCUGUUUGAGCAGUGCUUCGCCAGCAAUAAUAUCUUUUCGUUUCAGUUCCUUCACCCUCUGUUGAUUUUUAAGCUCCAGAUCUGCUUCCGUCACCUUUCCUCUCAACACAGGAACCUGUUCAGCAGCCUCAUCAAUUUCGGCUCGCAGCUGUGCCUCCCGGUCGCGGGCUUCAGCGAGCUCUUGCUCCUUUUCAGCUCUGGCUGCUCCGGUAGACUCUCCAAGGCGCUGCUCUUCCUCUUUUAUCUUGGUUUCACAUGAUCGAAUUUCUGCAAUCAUCGUCUUCAGUCGUGCGUGUGCAUCGCGUUCUUCUCGAUGAAGCUCAACAAGCUCUUUUUUAACAGUGUUGUAUGCUUCCUCAACCUCAGAAGUCUUUUCUUUGAGGAUUGAACGCUCUGAACUAAGAGCAUCGCGCACGCUUUUCACACGCUCUAGCUUUUCUUCUGUUUCCUGAAGCGCUUUGGUCAUAUCGUCACAUUCAGCUUCUCGUCUCGUUAUUUCUCCGUCUCGCCUCACCAAAUCAACAUUUCGAGCUUCAAGUGCGCGCUCUUGUUCCGCGACUUGGUACCAAGCAAGCUGAUUGCGUAGGUGUCGCAGCUUUUCCCUAAGGUUCGUGUUUUUCUGUGCUGUUUCUGCAAGUCUCUGGGCAUCUUCCAUCUGUUUUUUCACAUGAGCAACUUUUCCGUCGAGUUCGCUAUGCAGAAUAAGCGUUCUCUCUAGCGUAUCCUGAGACAUCUUAUAGUCGUUGUCCAAUUGCUCUAGUUGAACGCCAGAUACAAAGUACUUGUAUUUCUGAGCUGGUGAUGCCGAGUUCAAGAAUUGACGAGCGUUAUCCUGAGAUAAUACUGUCAAAGGAUUUCCCAUUUGUAACGCAAACCAUUCUGAAAUCUCGUCAAUCUCAUGCUUCUUCGUCGACACAAUUUUGUCCUGUUCGUUCUUUACUUUGAAGCCACUAGCACCAGAUUUGGAGAAAUGUCGUUCAACCGUAAUCAAGUUUCCGUAGAGGUGUGGCUGGUACGCACCAGGGCCACCAUUCUUGAUUCUCACAACAAGACUCCCUUGUUCGCGGCCCUCUUUGACGAACGACUUCAAGCUGCCUCCACGAUUGGUAUCACUAGCUUUACCGCCCAAGCAAAGCGUUAAGGCAGUCAAUACUGCACUCUUUCCGCUGCCAUUCUCACCAACGAUAAAGUUAAUCAAUGGCCCAAGCUCAACAUGGAGCCGCUCAUGGCACAUAAAAUUGUAACAUGUGAUGCUUUGGAUGAUUCCACUCUCCGCAAUCAUGUUUUCGCCAUAAUUCGAUCGUUCACGUGCUAUAUGUCUUGUUGCUCGUUCAUCGUCCUCUUGAAGAUUCUCAAGAUGCUUGAAUCCAUUGUCACGCAUUAUCUCGUACUGCGUCUGUGGAGGGAAGUCAAGCCCACCGUCGUCGUCAUCUAGCGCUUCAUCUAAGCUUGAGGCAUCGUCCACAGCGGUCGUAUGUCGUAUAUCGCUUGAAACUGCCGAAACUCUAGCUUUUUUGCUCUGUCCAGAAGAAAUCACGGUCAGCCUUCACAUGGUGCCCUGGUGGGCGGGCGAACAAACUCACGGCCUGUGGUGUUUGCGCCUGGGACGACUGCGAAUAUUGAGAAUUUGACUCAUCUUCAAUAUCAUCCUGCCGGUCUAUUGUCUCGUAUCCUCUUUUAGAGCGAGGCAUGGCGGCUGCGCUGACGCAUGGACUUCGUUGCGCUUGUUCG